AGAAGAUUUACCAAAACUUAUAAGAUUCUAUCUUGGGAAAUCGGUGCAAAUUUCAUCACAAUAUCAUCUAGAUUCAAGUAUUAAAUGAUUGGUGAAUAGAUGACGGCUAUCAUUAUACCCAAAACACAUACCAAGUACCUAAGCAAAAUAUUGUGUUUUUCUCAGAUCGUUUCACCAAAGUCGCCGAUUUGACGCGGCCGUUACCAGUCUAUUUCAUACCUGAAGAAGCCGAAUUUAUUCAUUAACUUUAUAGCGAAUUUAUCAACUUUGUCCUUGACAACUCAUUUUCAAUCUUACUUGGCAAAUUUUGAUCUACAGAUGCGUUCCCUCGCCGCCGUUCUCUUGGCUGUGAUCAGCCUGAGCGCUUCAUGCCACGGCAAAAAAUACACGAGGUGCGCGCUUGCCAAGGAGCUGAAAUGCGUCUACGGCUUUGCGCAGAACAGCCUCGCCGACUGGGUGUGUUUGGUUCAGCAUGAGAGCUCCUUCGAUACCGCGGCUUUUCAUCAAAACACGGAUAGUCAUAAAAGUAAAGAUUAUGGCUUUGAAUCCAAUCUUGUAUGUUCGUCUGGGAGCAUAAUUUCUUUCUCUGCGCAGAUCAACGACUACUAUUGGUGUAAUUCGGGCACAGGCACCAACGACUGCAACAUCAAUUGUGAUAAACUGAAGGACAACAAUAUUGCGGACGACGUCAAAUGCGCCAAGAAAAUUUUUGGGCGCCACGGCUUCAACGCCUGGUACGGCUGGAAGAACAACUGUAAAGGCAAGCCCCUGUCCUCCUACACCAGUGGCUGCAGCCUCACCUGCUGAGCGCCGCUGCCUCGUGAGCUGAUGGAUCUUCCUGCGCGAUGAUCGGCAUUUAAUGAUUUAGUUCAAUUUAUUUAACAUAUUUAUUCCAUUUAUAAUUGUGUGCAUUCUGCCUCUACAGCGCAUGCUCAAUGCGCUAACUUCACAUUAUAACGCUAUUUGAUCAUAUUUAUUUGCCCUAAUAUUGACUGAUUUAUGAAUUGCUCUGUAAUCUCUAUAUCAUAUGUGUUUUUGCAUCAUAACAUAAACCCUUAGUAAAA